CCCCGGCAAUGCCCGGCUUCCUGCCGCUGCGCGAGAGACAAAGGCAAGCGGGCCGCCUUUCCGGCGCUCCCGCCGGCGCUCCGCCAGCAGCUCCUCUUUUUUUUCCCCCCCGAGCGCGGGCCAGGCCGCUCAUUGGCGCUCGCGCGGCUGGCGGCAGAUUCCGGCUCCGCUGGGCGGCCGGGACGAAAGCGCGCAGCAGCCUCCGCGCUCGGGCGCUUUCGGCCUGCAAGGCGAGGCCGGCAGGAGGAGGAGGAGGAGGAGGAGAAGGAGGCGCGUAAGAGAGGAUCCAAAUUGGCCUGUGCCUAAACUAGGACCUUUUGGUGCCAUGACAUCAGAAACCGAAGAAGCUGAUGUUGUCAAUGGACUAGCACUGGAUAUAAAUCAACAUGAGAAAGAUCAGGAAUCCAGCAAAAUCUGUACUGGAAAAGGAGCUGUGACCCUUUGGGCAUCUCCAGCUUCUGAGAAGAGUCUCCGGGUUAGCCAUCCAAAGUCUACACAAGACUUCCAGCACACCAAAAUUCAUUCAGCCGAACAGCAAGAAGAAACCAACCAACCAGAUGGCUGGAGAAGACCUUCUGGUGUUGACUCAAAUAGGGAGAUUCUGUCUGUGAAGGAUUACUGGAGUGUGAGACCGAACCUCUUGGAGAGCAAGCCACGCGCUGCCACUUCCUCUCCUACCACCUCAGUUCAAACUGAGAUUAUAACAGGGCCUUUCCAACAGAUUCAGCCAGGCAGAGAAGAAGUCAGCCCAACUACAUCACCGGCACCUCACCGCCAUUUUGACCAAGGUUUAGAAAUUUCAAACAACGUGUCUCCUGGUUUCCUUCUGGCCCUUCCAACGUUAGAUGAUUUCAUUCCCCCUCACCUCCAGAAAAUUUCCAACCACCAGCACCCAUUGUUUUCACCUCAGUCUGCACUGCACACUCACUCAAAGUUACCUUCACUCUCAUCACCACCUCCUCUACUGAUCCCUCCAGCCACAGAAACCUCAAGCAGCAUUUUGGAGGCUGAAAGGACAGGAAUGGUCUUUCAAACAGAUACCUGCCCCCAGCCACAUGAAGCCUCUAAGCCCAGCGGUGGCCCUGCUGUCUCAAUGACGAUCAACAGAUCUUUGGGUGUUUACCCUUCCACCACCAUUGUUAACCCUACAAUUGUCCUUCUGCAGCACAACAGAGCAGAGCAGCAAAAAAGGCUUAGUAGCCUUGCAGAUCCAGUGCCUGAUCCACCAGUCGUUGAGAAAGUAGUUAGUAUAUCUCUUCGACAAAAGUUAAAUCCAAGCAAGGAAGAUGCAGUAGAGGAACAGAAAAGAAUUGUUCAUAAUUCUCAGCCUAUGGCUGAUGAUUCUCUGGAUUCCAUAGGCAUUCCACUAAGAAAUUCAGAACGAUCCAAGGACUGGUACAAGAUAAUGUUCAAACAAAUCCACAGAUUGACAAAAGACCCUCCUGAAGAAAACCCUUAUUGCCCUACCUACAUAUUCCCUGAGCUUCCUGCUUUUCAACCCAAAAGCAAAGAACAAAAUCCUUAUUCUCCUACUUACCAGUUUCCUGUGUCUACUCCUAGCCCUAGAUCUGAAGAUGAAGAUUCUGAUUCAUAUUUUCCACAGGACUCCUUUGGCGAAGAAGUAACAGCACAAACUUCAGUGCCCCGGUCCAAGAGCGAGAAUGAUACCAUCAACACAGACAAGAUAAUGAAGAGAUCAGCCACCUUGCCGCUGCCCACUCGUUCUUCAUCUCUUAAAGAGAGGAAUGAUUGGGAGCCUCCAGACAAAAAAAUAGACUCGAGGAAGCACUGGGCUGAACCUAAAAGCAUUUAUGAAUAUCGUCCAGGGAUGUCCUCAGUUCUGGACAAUGAAACAUUGGUAAUGCCUCGGGAUAUAAGCUCAGAAGAUAUAGAUUUAAAGAAUGAGCCUUGGUAUAAAUUCUUUUCGGAAUUGGAGUUUGGGAAACCGCCUCCAAAAAAGAUAUGGGAUUAUACUCCUGGAGAUUGCUCUAUCCUUACUAGAGAGGAUAGAAAGGUUGAUCCAGGAAAAAACCACUGCCUCUAUCAUACUGAAUUAGAUGCAGAGAUAGACAAAAUGGAGAAGCUUUAUAAAGCCCCAGAGCAACUGAAGAACGCAGCAAGCUCCCCGCCACUGGAAACCCUUUCCGAGCAUUUGUCUCCCUACCAUCCUGUAAAAAGAGAGUUGGAAACAGAAUUUGGACAUUCCACUGGGCUGGGAAAUGAAAGGCAGAUUUAUAAAAGUGUUUUGGAAGGAGGAGAUAUCCCAUUGCAAGGGUUGAGUGGCUUGAAGCGUCCAUCCAGUUCAGCAUCCACAAAAGUAGAUUCAGAAUCACCAAGACAUUUUGCAACACUCGAUUACAUAGAGAGUCCUGAAGAAAUGUUCCAAAAACGCAGCAGUGAUAAAGAGAAACUUUUAGAGGACCAGAGACGGCUUAAACGUGAGCAAGAGGAGGCUGAUAUUGCAGCCAGAAGGCACGCGGGGGUCAUUCCUACGCACCAUCAGUUUAUCACUAAUGAGCGCUUUGGGGACCUUCUAAUUAGAGACGAUACAAUCAAAAGGAAAUCUGGGGCAGAGAUGAGAGCUGCCAGAGUGAAGUUUGACUUCAAAGCCCAGACAUUAAAGGAACUCCCAUUACAGAAAGGCGAUAUUGUUUACAUUUAUAAGCCAGUUGAUCAGAAUUGGUAUGAAGGCGAACACCAUGGCCGAGUGGGCAUCUUCCCACAGUCUUACAUAGAGUUACUUAACCCAACAGAAAAAAUCCAAACUAAAAAAACGUCACCAUUGCAAAUCUUGGAAUAUGGAAAUGCAAUUGCUAAAUUCAGUUUCAAUGGAGAUACUGCUGUGGAAAUGUCCUUCAGGAAGGGAGAAAGAAUCACACUCAUUCGACAAGUAGACGAGAACUGGUAUGAAGGGAAAAUCCUUGGCACCAAUCGCCAGGGCAUCUUCCCUGGCUCUUAUGUGGACAUACUUAAGCAUCCGGUGCUGAAAGAUACAUCAGCCUAUGCCUACCGACCGCCAAAUUGCAGCGUGGCUUUUCCACAGCCUUCACUGAGGCCAGGACCUGAACUCACAGAAUCGGAAAAGAACUAUGUGGAAGUUGUUUGCAAUGAGAUCUUAAACAUUGCUGAAAAAUCUGUUCAUUACUGCAGCACUCUUUCUCAGCCUGUCUUUUGUCAUAAGGGGCCGUUUAGUGACAAUAAAUCAUCUUUCAUCAUUUCUCAGCAACCACAAGUCCUGCCAUUAGAAACUGGCCUGGACCGGAAUCAUGCCACACGAGAACUGCUUACCUAUCGAGCACUUUACAGCUACAUCCCACAGAAUGAUGAUGAACUGGAGUUAAGAGAUGGAGAUAUCAUAGAUGUUAUGGAAAAGUGUGAUGAUGGCUGGUUUGUUGGCACAUCAAGGAGAACCCAACAGUUUGGGACUUUCCCAGGAAACUACGUGAAACUGCUAUCCCUUUAGAAGCCAUGGGCAACCUCUUCGUCUCGUCUGGAGGAGGACCUGUGACCUUUCUAAAACAAUCCUUGGGAAAGAGAAGUUUUGAAUGGAGUAGUCGCGACAGUAGGAGUGCACAUGGAACGUGGUGAAAAUGCUGGAGUUGUGCUGCAAAGGUCCUGCCUCCUUUUUUUGAACGCGCACAGAGGAGAGGAGACAGGAUGAUACGCCGUGGUACUCUGCUGUGUUUGUUUCUGUUUUUUAUUCAGCUACGGGGAAAUAACAGAAGGAAACAAGGCAGAGUUUCUGCUGGACCGAGGAGAGAAAAGGAGGGAGAUUGGCAGGAGCAGGGAGUGUAGACUGCUUAAACAUCCUGCAGCUUUUGUUUGCUCUUUAUAGGAAAGGCCAAGUUGUCAGCAUUCAUGGAGCUCCUCCUCUCCCAAGGACAUUAAAAAAACCCCAGAAGGAAUUGUAGUCCAGCAGCAUCUGGAAGGCCAGGCCUACCCACGCUUGUUCUAGCGCUUGACGGAUUCCAAACUGGACAGCUAGAACAAAGGAAGAUGGAAUAGAUGUUGGCCGCCAUAGUCUAUUCGGAUUUAUUCUGCAAAAUAUUCCUGAACGUGCCUUUCUAGAACUGAUAAUAUAUGUAAUUUCUGGCUGCAUCUAUUUUUUUUUUUUUAAAUAAACUAGAAAUCGGUCAAACUUAAACUGUGCACACUUGAUUGGGGAAUAAACCCCAUUGAAUUGAUUUGACAGUUUCCCGUUAUUGGACUUUUAUUUCUAUUUUUUUAUAGUCAUUUUGAUGGUGAAUUGCAUAAUGAUACACUAAAAUAAACCUUGUUUCUGCUGUUGUUUUUUUUUAAAAAAAAUUUAUUAUUAUAGUUUAUCCUUAAUAGCAGGAGAUUUUACAUUCAGCAUACUUUCUUUCUCUCAUACAUUAGUCUCUAGAACAGACGGGUUUAGUUUUCUUCAUCCCGAGAUCAGCCAAAAACAUCAACUGAAGUGCUUUAAUACUAUGAUUGUAGAUAUGUAUAUUCCCUUUGUAAAAACGUACAAAUCCUAUAUUGCAAAUUGAAAUAUAAAGCAGAGUCUUUUAAAAAAACAGUUUGAGGAGGACGCUUCCAUUUUAUUUAUUAUCACACUAAAUAAAUUAGUACUUGGGCUACAAAACGCUGUUUUUCAACAGAAUUAGCAUCAUUGCUUCAAUUGCACUAAAAUGGCUUAGUGCGUUAAGCAGUUUUGUGCUGAGGCUUCUAGAAUGCCAUCCAUUUCUAGGCUUGAAGCAGCUGUGGGCAGCCUUAACAGCUGAGGUCACUUGGGGAGUUUUGAGACCACUCAGACGGGCUGCCUGCCAUGGGAAGGUUGUCAGUUCCCAAAAUACAUGUAAGUGGCACGGCUAACCACAAAACAACCCCUUUACUACAAGGCGAACAAGCGCUUCAGGCUUGCCAACUAUCCUAGUGGGUUGCAAAGAUAUUGCUACAGCUCAAGUUUCCUAUUUAUUUUAUUUAGUAAUAUAUUAAAAAAAGAGGUGUAGUCUACCCUGUUUUAAGGGAUAUUUGAAUAUUUUUAUUUUAGGAUUGGCAGUAAAGUUACGAGAAUUGAACAAUUUUAUUUUGCAAAUAUCUCAAUAUUGGUAGCAUGUAACUAAUCACAAUAGCAUUUUUAAUUACUAUAUAUUUAUAUUUCCGCUGACAUAGUUCUAAACAAAAGAAGUUACUGUCCGUUUUAUUUUACAGAGGAUUAUUUACAGUUAACAAAUGGAAAUGUUUAAAGCAUGUUUCUUUGUGUAAAAUAUUAAAUAAAUAUUAACCCAACACGAAA